AUGCAAGAAAAAAACACCAGCCCUCCAAUACAAGACACCUCCGUUUUAAAAACCACUACUUCUGCGAACCCAACUGCCUUUUCACUCAAAACGACUACACUGUCUUUCCGAGCAACAGCUUCUACAGAUGAGCUGAAGUGUCAACCAACCAGCAGCAGUUUCCUCUUGUACUACCAGGAGAACAAUGAAACAUAUCUGUGUAAGACUGAAAUGGAUCUGCAGCUUGACCACAACAAUACCUCACAGUCAGAAGAGCAUGUGAUGGUGCUACUGACAAUGAAGGCAGGCAAUCUCUCUGGAUGGAACAUUAGUGAGUUUGCGUUUCUCAACAACACUGAUCUAUACACUGGACCCCAAAACGACCAGAGACUGUUUUAUUGCUACCUCCCACCAGACAACAGCAAAUGUCCAGAUCUGAAAGAUGAGCUGAAGUGUCAACCAACCAGCAGCAGUUUCCUCUUGUACUACCAGGAGAACAAUGAAACAGCAAGAUCUGCCGCAUUACCAGUGAUCCAAACAAGAAAAGAUGACUGGUGGUGUGUGAUUACUUCGGUGUGGUUGGCUCUGGUACUGACUGUGGUUGUGCUAACCCUAUUGAGUGUGGGCAACCUGAUCUUUAAGAGCAGAAAACGAAAGUCCCGUUCAGGUGCAUCUGUGCCAGUUUCAGUCCGUGGACAUCAGCUCAAAGAGCUCAUAAUGAGUGCUGUCCCUGCUGUGUCCAUAGCAACGUGCAGCAUAAGUGAAAACCUUCUGAAGGUAGCUGACCUCACAUACAAGAUUUUUUUAUACAAGACCUCACUAGAUGAAGAAGAGCAAAAUGAAGAUGAGGAAGAUGAGCAAUGUAAUGCCUCGCUCCAACAUCUGGCAGCACAGGGCCACUGUGAACCACCAACUUACCUGGAUCAUCGGAGCAACUUUUCAUGUUCUGGUCAUGAAGAAGAUGGGGAGCUUUAA